CCGGGCCCUAGCGCGCCUGCCGCAGCCCGCGCCCCGCAGCCGCAGCGCGCGCCCGCCACCGCCUCUUCAAUGGGCAACCUGCUCGGCGGGGUCAGCUUCCGCGAGCCCACCACCGUGGAGGACUGCGACUCCACCUGGCAGACCGACUCGGAGCCCGAGCCCGAGCCCGAGCCCGAGCCCGCGCCCGCGCCCGAGGAGCCGGGGCCGGGUGGCGGCGGAGAGGGCCCGGGGCAGGAGCCCGCCGAGCAGCCCGCGCAGCCCCCGGAGCGAGCUGGGGGGCGGCCCGGCGCCGGCUCCGCGCCGGACGAGGACGCCGAGGCGGCGGGCGCCGAGCAGAGUAGUGAUUCCACUGAAGCAACUGCCAAACCAAAGAGAAGUUUUUAUGCUGCGAGGGAUUUGUACAAAUACCGACACCAGUACCCACAGAACUUCAAAGAUAUCCGAUAUCAAAAUGAUUUGAGCAAUCUUCGUUUUUAUAAGAAUAAAAUUCCAUUUAAGCCAGAUGGUGUUUAUAUUGAAGAAGUUCUAAAUAAAUGGAAAGGAGACUAUGAAAAACUGGAGCACAACCACACUUACAUUCAAUGGCUUUUUCCCCUGAGAGAACAAGGCUUGAACUUCUAUGCUAAAGAACUAACUACAUAUGAAAUUGAGGAAUUCAAAAAAACAAAAGAAGCAAUUAGAAGAUUUCUCCUAGCUUAUAAAAUGAUGUUAGAAUUUUUUGGAAUAAAACUGACUGAUAAAACUGGAAAUGUUGCUCGGGCUGUUAACUGGCAGGAAAGAUUUCAGCAUCUAAAUGAGUCCCAGCACAACUAUUUAAGAAUCACCCGUAUUCUUAAAAGCCUUGGUGAGCUUGGAUAUGAAAGUUUUAAAUCUCCUCUUGUAAAAUUUAUUCUUCACGAGGCACUCGUGGAAAAUACUAUUCCCAAUAUUAAGCAGAGUGCUCUGGAGUAUUUUGUUUAUACAAUCAGAGACAGAAGGGAAAGGAGAAAGCUCCUGCGGUUCGCCCAGAAACAUUACACGCCUUCAGAGAAUUUUAUCUGGGGGCCGCCGAGAAAAGAACAGUCAGAGGGAAGCAAAGCCCAGAAAAUGCCUGCCCCUGUUGCCUCCAGUCAUAGCAGUCAGACUUCUAUGCACAAAAAAUCCAAGGACUCCAAAAAUUCCUCCUCAGCUGUUCAUUUAAAUAGCAAAGCAGCUGAAGAAAAAAAAGUGGCACCAAAAGAGCCUGGGGAAGAGACAGACAGGCCCGACCCAGAGCCCAGCAAUGGCGAUGCCAAGCUGAGAAACACACAGAAGGACAGCGAUGCCGCCGAAAAUGUGGAUUCUCAACCCGAACAAACAGUUACUGAUCCCACAGAAAAAAAAGAGAGUGCAUCCCCUUCUGAAAAAGAAGAAGAAAGUGAAAAUCCCAACGGAGACUGUGAAGAUCCUGGAAGUACUAGUUGCCACGAUGUUAUACCAUUGCAGUGAAUUAUCAGAAAACCCACAAGCCAGUUUAGGUAAGGGAGGAAAAUAAAAACGCUGUAUAAUGUAUCCUAAAGAACAGAGGUGAAGUCGCAUUUCAAAGUUUAGCCAUCUGUUUGUGAUUUCUGUUGUAAGCAUUUUGUUGUUUGUUUUUUAUUUUGGAUGACAAUGAACUGAAUAUUUAAUAAGAAGUUUUAAGAUAAGACCCAAUAAAUGAAUGUAUUCUGCAAUGCU